AUGGCCCUACUACCCGGGGAGCAGAAGGCGGCCAGAAGACAGGGGGACAAAAGGCUGCCCACCAUCUCCAAAAUUGAGGUGGUGAAGGGCGAGAUGAAGGCCAAAGGGAAGGAGGCGUUUAAAAUGGCCUUCAAACAAAAGGCCCAAAAGGCCCAACUCCCAAAGGAGGAGGUGCCUGCGGCAGGUAGGAAGCAAGAGCUACCCGGCACGUCGUGGGUGGAGGUGGUCAGGAAGGGAAAGGGGAAGAAACAGGCCCCCACUCCCACUCCUAAGGACGCCUCAAAAGAGAAGGCUGCGGCCCAAAAGCCCCAGAGUAAAGGGGGAGAGGGCAAGAAGGAGCCGAAAGGGGAGCGAAAGGCCCCCAAACAGAGAAGGGCCCCAAGGUCUGCGGCGGUGGCCCUUACCUUCCCCGAGGGAGAGGCCGGGGAGGGAAUGCGUUACAUUCGAUCGCAGGUCAAGUUGGAGGAACUGGGGAUUGAUAGCAUCAAGCCCAGAAAAGCGCUCACUGGGGCGAUGUUAUUAGAAAUCCCGGGAGGCGAGGAGGCUAAAGCGAAGGCGGAUGCCCUCGCCAGCAAAAUAACAUCGGUCGUGGAAGGCAGGGGCAUCAAGGUGACGCGCCCUGCCAAAAUGGCCGAAAUGAGACUAAAGGAUCUCGAUGAAUCCGUGUCUCAGGAGGAGGUACAAGCGGCAAUUGCCAAGGCGGGAGGGUGUCCGCCGGAAGAAGUCAAGGUAGGCCGCAUAAGGACAACCCCCAGCGGGCUUGGAUCCACUUGGAUCCAAUGCCGGCUGGAGGUAGCGAGGAAGCUAGCGGCCGCCAAAAAGAUCAAAAUUGGAUGGGUGGCGGCUAGAAUCGAACUGUUGGAGGCACGGCCCCUGACCUGCUUCAGGUGUCUGGAGCGGGGGCACGUCCGUCAACAGUGCAAAAGCACGGUGGAUAGGAGCACACUGUGUUACCGAUUUGGACAAGAAGGUCAUAUGGCGCAGACCUGCACCGCGAUGCCGAACUGCGUGGUCUGCAAAGCCAAAGGACUCCCCGCAAAUCACAAAGCGGGGGGCAACGCGUGCCGCUCCCCCUCAAAAAGGGAGAAGAAGAGAGCGGCCAAACUGGCUAAAGGAAACAGCAGGGGACCGACAACAUCUGAGGUCCCCAUGGAGGUACAGGAGGCGGAUGAGCCCGUGAAAACGGAUGCGGCAUCCUCUGCACAAGUUGCCAUGCAGGCGCAGGAUAUCUUCCUGCACAGCUUGGCGGAGCGUGGUUGUGGACUGGGCAUCGUCGCCGAACCAUACCGUGUCCCCAAGAGCCCGUGUUGGGCAGAAAGCACGGAUGGGACGGCGGCGAUUACGUGGAGGAGAACUGGGGAACGAAGUCUCCCCGGGACAACACUCAAAGCUGGAGAAGGUUGGGUCGCGGUAGAAUGGGGCCCAUUGGUAGUCAUAGGGAUCUACCUUAGACCCGGCCUCUCCAGAGUUGAGAUAGAGGGACGCCUCCAAGAGCUGGAGGACUUGGUCCGGGAAUUCCUUCCCGGGCCGGUACUGGUCGCCGGAGACUUCAAUGCCAAGUCGGCAAUGUGGAGUUCCCGGCGGCCAGAUGCCAAAGGAAGGGAGGUGGAGGCCUGGGCGGAUCGUCUGGGUCUCCAUCUCGAGAACGUGGGUGCGGUAAGCACCUGCGUACGGCCGCAGGGGGAGUCCAUCGUGGACUUGACUUGGUCAUCCCCUGCGGCCGCGAGGAUGGUAGCCUCGUGGAAGGUGGUGGAGGACCUGGAGCUCCUCUCGGAUCACCUCCCUAUAGAAGUGGUCCUCUCUAGACCGGGAGGCAGAGGGGAGACUCCGAGCCCAUACACGAGAUGGGCGGUUAAGAAAUUGAACCCGGAUGGGCUCAUGGAAUCGCUGGCGACGGCUACGUGGGCCCAGCCGGAGCCGCUGCCAACGAUAGAGGAGGAGGCACAGUGGCUGCGGAGGACCAUGCGGGCGGCCUGCGAUAACGCGAUGCCUCGGGCCAGGUUCACGCCGCGAAAAGCGGCCUACUGGUGGUCCGAGAGCAUCGCGGAACUGAGACGGCUCUCGGUGGCUGCCAGAAGGGCCGUUCAGCGGGCGAGGAGGAGAGCCCACACGACCCGGGAGGCCAUAGAGGAGCUCCUGGAAGCCUACCGCGAGAGAAGAAAGAUCUUGAAGGCUGCGGUAAGGAAGGCAAAGGAAGAUGCGUGGGACGAGCUAAUCGCCUCCAUUGACGCUGACCCGUGGGGGCGUCCCUACAAACUUGUCAUGAACAAGUUGGGCUCGGGGGCGCUCCCCGCGGUGGAGGUGAUCAAGCCGCACUUCUUGGAAGAAGUGGUGGCCGCUUUGUUCCCAACGGGAAGGCAGAGGGGGACGCCUGAGGAAGAGACGGAACGCGAGGAGGAGCACCACCCCUGGACGGAGGAUUUGAAAGUGCACCACACGGUGAUCGCCAGAGCGGCCAAAAAGCUUAAGGCUGGCAAGGCGCCCGGCCCGGAUGGGGUUCCCGGUGUGGUGUGGAGGAUGUCUCUGGGGGAGCUCUCCGGAAG